UUUCGGCCUUCUUCUUAAAAGUUUGCGGCAUUGACGCAUUUAUUUCAUCUUGUGAUAUUCCUGUAGGCCUCGAUUCAAUUGCUAUGCUUACAGGUUUUCGCAUUUGUUCCGCAAAAUGUAAAUAUUUCUGUAAAACUUGAGAAUACUGUUGCCACUUUUCAUAUGGAGAAUGUGUAGAAUUUAAUACGUGUGACAUUUCGUCAUCAAUCUGUGAUAAAACAUCUUCCUUCCUAGUUUCAUUCGCUUUAAUUCGUUGCAUAAAUUCCUGCGGUACGAGUAACAUUUUCUUUGCGUGUUCCAUGAUUAUUGAAAAAGACGGACCUAACACAAAGGGUAAGAGUGCACCUCCGUUCUGAAUUAGUAUCUGUUUCUUCUUUUUUAUCUUUUCUCGGGGUAUUACCAUACGCCUUAAGAUGGUUUUAUGCAGAAGCUUUAUAAAUCCCGCGUAACUGUAAAUCUAAUACGUCAUUAUAAUAUCGCGAAUUAAUUUGAAAAGAUGAGUCAUAUUGAUGCACCUGCAUUUUUGUGAGUCAUCACGAAAACAAAAGAAACUGAUUGACAGCGACGACAUCAUGUCUACACUAUAACAAUAGAACGAUGAGUCACCGUUGUGCAGCUGACAAUGAGUCAUCAUUUUGCAGGUGAUUAUGAGUCAUACUUGCGCAGAAAAUCGGUUUAAGCCCUAUGAGUCAUAGUUGUUGCGAUGCGUCAUCAGAGAUUUUGUGAGAACGAUAGACUACUUUUGAUGGGACUGUACAUGCUUGUAUAAAAUCAGAGAUGUUCAAGGGAGAAAAUUACUUGCGUUCUUACUCUGUACGUGCGUGCUUUUUCGUGUUUUUACGUUGUUUGUGUUUUUGUUGAAUUUGUGCAAUGGCUACCCAUUUUAAGUUGUUGUGCCGUGUGUUCGAGAGUGGCCUUCUCUCAGAAGAUGAUAUGGUGCAGGCAUAUUAUUACAUGCUUAGGAUGGUUACUUCCGGGGAAGUUACACCCGACGCCGAUGAUAUUGUGCGCUUUAGGCGCCUUCGUGAAGCGGCUGGCGCAAUUCAAACUCGACUUCUUGGACAAAUUAUGGUAAGUUUUUAAUAUUUGUAGGACUUUUACGUGUUCUAGAAACAAAUUUUCUUCGUAGAAUGCUCAUCAGGUUCGUGCGGCAGUCAACCCACCGUCGCACCCCUCGAACUUACUGUCAGUAAUCCUCCACAACAACCUGCGUUUACUGUUAAAACACAGUCGCAAGCGAUGGACCUUACUGUAAAUGCAAUUCCGCAACCUCAUUUUGCGAAGGAACAAUCGCAGCCGAUAGAUCUUACUGUCAAUAAUCCAGCGCAACCUUCGACUUCAGGAGCGAUGCCUAAACGAAAGCGUGCUGCUCCGUGUGUAAAUAAUCCCCAAACAUCUACGGAAAACACUCUUCUUACGGGCUGCGGUACCACUACCCGUUACCAGGUACUCUCCGAAGGGGAAACUGUGGUAAAAAAAUUUAACCUUUCGGCUAAGCGGAUAACGAUUAAAUUUAAUGAAGUCACAGACAAUGAAUUAGCAUUAGAAUGGCUCAAGAAAUCCUUAACUGAAUUAAUUGAGUACAUAACUAAGGGCCGUGCUGCGGAUGACCGAAUCGGGAUGCUCAUGUCCAAUGAUGAGUUUCCUGACAAACCACUCGCUUUCUCCUUCCGCCGCGUUGAUCAGCUGUCGCCAGAAGUUAUGAUAAAGAUGAUGGAGAAAGUUCUGCAGAGUAACCGAUCCUUCUUCAGCAGCGACGCUCUCCGUAUAGACGUAAGCCUGAUUACUCUACCCGCUGGGCGAGGACGACAAUGGAUGACAGGAUGCAGUUUUAAAGAGUUCUGCCUUAAGAAACGUGGUAUCAUUUCAAUAAAGAAUCACGAUACGUUGUGCCUUGCCCGUGCCCUGGUGACGGUCAUAGCAUUCAAGACCAAAGCAGCUAAUUUAAGAUUGUUCGAGUCCGGUCACCCCCUUCAGCGGCAGAAAGCCCUGGAAUUGUGCGCUGCUGCCAGUGUCGACUUGAGCAAUGGAGGAACGAUCGAUCACAUACGUCAGUUUCAGGAUUACACCAUCGUAGUGUACAACCACAGGAUGGGAAAAACGGGGUACUUUGAGGGGCCACGGUCUCCACAACGUAAAGUGCUUAACCUCCUCUUUGAACAGGAACACUAUAACGUCAUCACAAGUUUGACGUCUGCGUUCACGUGUGGGUACUUUUGUGAGCUGUGUCGUAUGCGAAUGAAUGGUCGUCGGGAACAUAAGGACUGCAAGUAUAUUUGCCCUUGCUGUCACAACAAUCCGCCGUGCAGCAAAGUCAACGCUGAAGUCAAGUGUGAUAACUGUAAUCACGAUUUCCGGGGACAAGAGUGUUUUCAACUGCACAAGGAUCAGGGAUUGUGCGACAGUCUUAAAAGAUGCCGUAGCUGCUUAGCUUCCAUUUGGAAGGGUACGAAAGCUCACAAGUGCGGAUUCAAAAAAAUGCAUUACGUGCCAAGCUGAUCGUCCUAUAAGAAGACAUUUGUGUUACAUGUCAAAGAACUCACCGAACAAUAAGAAGUUACAGAAAGACUUCGUAUUUGCAUUCUAUGACUUCGAGUGCCGACAGGACGACGCGUAUGAAAACCGCCCAGCCACUUUUCUGCACGUGCCAAAUUUGUGUGAAGUGCAGCAUAUGUGCCGUCAGUGUAUAAAUAAUGAUACAAGCAUCAAUACUCCGUGUGUAAAUUGGGGUCCCCGACAACAUAUAUUUCAAACAUCCCCCGUUACCGAACUUUUAAACUACAUUGCUAAUAUGGCCCGAAAAAAUCGUGAAGUUGUUGCCAUAGCCCACAAUAGUAAGGGUUACGACAGCAUAUUCAUCCUAAGGGAGAUUAUGAAGAACCCUUCGGCAUGGAACCCUCAAAUUAUCGCAACGGGUACUAAGAUUACGUCGCUAGCGUGCAACAACAACGUCCGUUUCAUCGAUAGCUUGAACUUUUUACCCGUCCCUUUAAGUGCGUUGCCAAAGACAUUCAAUUUUGAAGGCUCCAAAGGAUAUUUCCCACAUUUCUUUAACACGAUUGCUAACCAAGACUACGUCGGAGCCCUACCUGCAAUAGAUUUCUACGGAGCCAAUGAAAUGUCUCCGAAAAAUCGUAAGGAAUUUAUGCAAUGGUACGACGCAGAAAUCGCCAGGGACGUCAUCUUCGAUUUCAAACGUGAAAUUGUGACGUACUGCACCCAAGACGUCAACAUCUUGCGACGUGCUUGCAUAGCAUUUUGAGCAAACUUUGUGAAGGAGAAUAUGGUGGAUCCGUUCCGAGAGUGCUGUACGAUUGCCUCUGCGUGCAGUCUUGUCUUUCGUCGGAAUUUCCUUCAAGAAAACACCAUAGGUCUUAUCCCCCCUGGUGGCUAUCGCUGUGGUGACAAACAAAGUAAAGUAGCCAUCAAAUGGUUGCUGUUGAAAGCCCAAUAUGCGCCUGAUCUCAAACAUAUCGGAAAUUCUCGGGAAGUUCGUCUCCAAGAAGGACUUCUCGUAGAUGGAUUCUCACCAGCAACCAACACUGUUUUUCAAUUUCAUGGUUGUUACUACCACGGCUGUGAAGAAUGUUACCCAGAUCAAACGGCUCCUUUGAAUGGUAACAAGGAAGACAGUAUGUUCAUGCGCCGCGAGAAGACCUUAGCCACUUCAUCCCGUAUACGAGCAGCCGGAUACCAACUUGUAGAGAUGUGGGAAUGUGCAUUCCGCACAUUUCUCACGAGCAACCCGGAAAUUGCUACUUUGUUGGAAGGUAACAACAUUAUGAAAAACGAGCCUCUAAAUCCACGCAAUGGUUUCUUUGAGGGCAGGACCAAUGCUGUCAAACUUUAUCACAAAGCCGAGGAGAAAGAAGCCAUAAGGUACCUUGACGUCUGUUCACUAUACCCCUACGUGAACAAGUACGGUAAGUACCCUGUUGUGCAUUCAUGGGUGCUCGUUACGACUGAAGAACUUGGAAUUGUCAACCUAAACACUGCCGAAGGACUUGUAAAGUGCACCAUACUUCCUCCGCAGAAUCUAUACUAUCCUGUACUACCGUAUCGAUGUCAUCAGCGCCUUAUGUUCCCUUUGUGUCGCACAUGCUGUGAGACCAUGCAACAGGAGGUCUGCAAUCACUCUGUAGAGGAUAGACAAUUUACGGGGACAUAAAUUGCUGAUGAGCUACGCAAAGCCACAUCCCUAGGGUACGUGGUGCAGGAGAUUCAUGAGGUAUGGGAGUACACCAUGACUCAAUACGACAGGGCACGUAAGAGCGGUGGAUUAUUCGCCGGGUACGUGGACAAUUUCCUUCCGCUGAAACAAGAAUGCAGCGGAUGGCCAUCAUGGUGCACUGAGGAAAGGACAAAAGACUAAUUCGUGCUCGAGUACUUGGAACGUGAGGGAAUUAGGUUAGACCCUACAAAAAUCGGUGACAACGCAGGUUUACAGUAUAUCACCAAACUGUUCUUAAAUUCAUUCUGGGGGAAAUUUGGCCAGAGGGAUAACCUCACCAAGACAGCUAUCGUGUCCAAAGCGCACGAUUUCUUCAAUAUGUUGACGAAUCCUUCAAUCGAAGUAACCUCCAUCAUACCUGUCAACGACGAAGUCAUCUUCGUCAAUUCGGCCCUGACUGAAGAAGCCGUGGAACCUUUGAAGACUAGCAGCGUCGUGCUGGCGGCCUACACAACCGCUAACGCUCGCCUAGUACUAUACGAGUAUUUGGAACGGCUUGACCAACGUGUACUAUAUUUUGACACAGACUCCGUCAUCUUUACCGAACAGUCAGGAGAAUGGUCACCUCCGACCGGAAACUUCCUGGGUGAUAUGACGGACGAAAUAGAGUGCUACGGUCCGGGGAGCCGUAUAGUAGAAUUUGUGAGUGGCGGCCCUAAAAACUAUGCGUACAAUGUGUUUGUUCUCGGUGAUAACCGUGAAGUGACGAUGUGUAAAGUUAAAGGACUAAAUUUAAACUAUAAAAAUAGUGCAAUAGUGAACUUUGACACAAUUAAAGAUCACGUUUUGAACAAUACCCCUGAAACGUUUGUGGAGACGGAUCGCCGAAUUGCACGGACAUGUACUUUCGAGGUCAUUUCAAAACCUGAAAAGAAAACGUAUCGUGUACAUUACACGAAACGUCGUCGUUUAGAACAGGGGUACGAUACAUUACCUUAUGGGUAUAAGGUAUAGUUUUUAUUUUGUUAUGUAAAUAUCUAGUUUUUUAGAUACAGUGUACCGACAUUGCAAGAUUUAACUAUAAGAAGAAUCAUCAAUGCCGAAGUAAAACGAGAAACCUUACCACUCGUGCUUGCUAACAGGAUUAGGUCGCUACAGGAAGAGCAAGUAAUGUUUGGGAAUGAUGCCCGGGACCUUAGACUAACGGUAGCAUACCUGAACGCUGACAGGAUUGUCCUUUACAACAGUAUCAUCACGCGAAUCGAAGCAAUACAGAUAUUAAUCGAAUGGUUUACUGACAGCCCGCUAGAUCCCGAUAACGACUUUCCUAGGUUAGCAACUCACGCCCUGGAUAUGCUUGAAGCUUUUAUUAAUACCGCUAAUCAACUGAUAAGCGAUUACGAAAAUAUUCAACGUCGCAACGAUCAACUUAGAAGGUGGUACGAUAGUAUUUUUUAAAUUGUAAUUUUUGUUUGGUGAUUGUAAUUAUUCUUGUUCAUUUAUUUCAGUAUUAUAAUAAACAUCAUUAAAACGU